AUGACCCCUACGUCGUUUGACUUCGUGAUCGUCGGUGGAGGCACGGCAGGGCUUGUGGUGGCAUCACGCCUGUCCGAGAACCCGGCCCAUCGCGUGCUUGUCCUAGAAGCCGGCUUGGAACACGCUGACGACCCGCGCGUCAAAACUCCGGCUUUCUAUGCUGGCUUAUUUCAUUCAGAUUCCGAUUGGGACUUCAAGUCGGAGCCUCAGGGAUGGAAUUGGCAGGGUCUUGAAGCUUAUUAUGCCAAAUCUCAUACAUUUCCAGGAGCUACCAAGAUGACCGAUGGCCAAUCACCCUUGGAGCAGAGUUCCCACGGUCCAAUUCAGGUUUCGCUACCUGGAGACCCUCUUCAUCCUAUUCAUGAAGCCUGGAAAGGGACCUUUGAGGCCCAGGGGCAUUAUGUAUCCCCAGAUCCUUGGCUCCGCGAACCUACCGGCGCCUUUAACUGCCUUGCAACGGUAGACGGCUCGACUAAAGAAAGGAGUUACGCAACCAGCGCCUAUUACAGACCCAUCGCGCACCGCAACAACCUUAAGGUCCUUACAUGUGUAGUCGUGGAGCGAAUUAUUUUCGAAACGGAAGGUUCAGCCAUUAAAGCUACUGGGGUGCAAUAUCGUGAUUUUGAUUUGAGCCAUGGUGCCAUAGGCAUGAAGAAUGAUGAGAUUCAUAUUGCCACAGCCGUGAAAGAAGUCAUUCUAGCCGCGGGUGCUUUACAGUCUCCAAAACUGCUGGAGCUGUCAGGAGUCGGCAACGCCAGAGUGCUCAGCGGCAACGGCAUACAGGUGGUCAAGGAACUCCCUGGAGUUGGGGAGAAUCUGCAGGACCACGUAGUCUGCCCUAUUGGUGUACGAGCCAUAGAUGGACUAAACACCAUGGACCCGCUUGCAAGAGAGGAGGUAGAUGCCUUCUUCUUUGCAACGGAGGAGUACAAAACACACAAAACGGGUAUAUUAGCAUCUUCUGGCAUGACUACUUACGCAUAUAUGCCUACUACUGCGGAGCUUCCACGAGACACCACUGAAGCUCUGGAGAAGCUCCUGCACGAGAACCAACCUACAGCGGGGAAUGUCCAUGAGAGUCUCGCUGCAGAUCUCCACGGCUUUCUUGCAAAGCUUCUCACCGACCGCACAAAGCCAACCGGGGUCUUUCUCUCUGCACUUGGUCAAGCUGGACCAACUCCCGUGCCGGGUACUUGGCUCACGCUGGUCGCCUAUCUUCCCCAUCCACUCUCUCUGGGUAACGUCCACAUAAGAUCUAAGCAGCCCUCUGAAAAUCCUGCAAUAGAUCCAAAGUAUCUAUCCCAUCCUGUCGACAUCGAAAUACUUGCACAUCAAAUGAAGUACCUGCGGAACUUUGCAGGUUCGUCGCCUUUCAGCAAGCUCCUAGAACAGCCACUGCAGUACCUGGACCCAGCCUCGAAUUUCACCGACCUGGACAGCGCCAAAGCAUACAUUCGAGCUAAUGCGAUCUCCAUGUGGCAUUACGCCGGCUCAUGUGCGAUGCUCCCCGAGGAAAAGGGGGGCGUCGUAGACACUCGGCUCAAGGUACAUGGUAUCAACAAUCUUCGGAUUGUCGACUCCAGUGUAAUCCCGAUCAUUACCACUGGGAACCUACAGUCUACUGUAUAUGCCAUUGCGGAGAAGGCCGCAGACUUGAUCAAGGCAGAUUAUGGAGAAGUUUGA